GCGGCCGGGGCGCAGCCGGCAGAAGGCGGUGCGGGGACGACGCGCGGACCGGAGCCCGUUGAGGAGCGGCUGGGGAAGACGUGAAUUGAGACGGGGGGGGGGGGAAGGAGAAAAAUAAAAUAAAAGCCUUAUUAAAAAUCCGGGGGGAGAUCCGAGAGGCGAGCCGCGUUUCUUCCGAAUUGCAGGAAAAGGUGCAACGGCCGCCGUCCCUCAGCCGGCUGCGAUGCUGCCAGCCACCGCGCUGCCCUGGACGUUGUUUCUCCUCAGAGCCGCAGCAUCUCUACAAGUGGAUAUCGUUCCAAGCCAGGGGGAGAUCAGCGUUGGAGAAUCCAAAUUCUUCUUAUGUCAAGUGGCAGGGGAAGCCAAAUACAAAGACAUUUCCUGGUUUUCUCCUAAUGGCGAGAAGCUGACGCCCAACCAACAGCGCAUCUCAGUGGUGCGAAACGAUGACUUCUCCUCCACCCUCACCAUCUACAACGCCAACAUUGAUGAUGCUGGCAUCUAUAAAUGUGUUGUCAGCAGCGUGGAGGAGGGAGACUCCGAGGCCACCGUCAAUGUCAAAAUUUUCCAAAAGCUGAUGUUCAAGAACGCUCCCACUCCUCAGGAAUUCAAGGAAGGAGAUGAUGCUGUGAUUGUGUGUGAUGUGGUCAGCUCGCUGCCUCCUACCAUCAUUUGGAAACACAAAGGCAGGGAUGUUAUCCUAAAAAAAGAUGUUCGAUUUAUAGUCCUGUCCAACAACUACCUGCAGAUCCGGGGAAUCAAGAAAACAGAUGAAGGGACGUACCGCUGUGAGGGCCGGAUCUUGGCUCGUGGGGAGAUCAACUUCAAAGAUAUUCAGGUCAUCGUAAAUGUACCUCCUUCUGUGCGUGCCAGGCAGAGCACUAUGAACGCCACUGCCAACCUCAGCCAGUCUGUCACCUUAGCGUGUGAUGCUGAUGGCUUUCCUGAGCCAACCAUGACGUGGACAAAGGAUGGCGAGCCAAUAGAGCCGGAGGAUGAUGAAGAGAAAUACAGUUUUAACUAUGAUGGGUCCGAGCUAAUCAUCAAGAAGGUGGAUAAGAGUGACGAAGCAGAGUACAUCUGCAUUGCUGAGAACAAGGCUGGCGAGCAGGAUGCCACCAUUCAUCUCAAAGUCUUUGCAAAACCCAAAAUCACAUACGUGGAGAAUAAAACAGCUAUGGAGCUGGAGGAUCAGAUCACGCUGACCUGUGAGGCGUCGGGGGACCCAAUCCCUUCCAUCACUUGGAGAACUUCAACCCGGAACAUCAGCAAUGAAGAGAAGGCUUCGUGGACCCGGCCCGAGAAGCAAGAGACCCUGGAUGGGCGCAUCGUAGUGCGGAGCCACGCCCGGGUGUCAUCCCUGACUCUGAAAGAAAUUCAGUACACAGAUGCCGGAGAGUAUGUAUGCACAGCCAGCAACACCAUCGGGCAGGACUCCCAAGCCAUGUACCUCGAAGUGCAGUAUGCCCCAAAGCUUCAGGGCCCUGUGGCUGUCUAUACGUGGGAAGGGAAUCAAGUGAAUAUCACCUGUGAGGUAUUUGCUUACCCCAGUGCUGUCAUCUCCUGGUUCCGGGAUGGGCAGCUGCUUCCCAGCUCAAACUACAGCAACAUCAAGAUCUACAACACUCCAUCAGCAAGCUACUUGGAGGUGACACCAGACUCUGAAAAUGACUUUGGAAACUACAACUGCACUGCUGUGAACCGCAUUGGCCAGGAGUCCUCAGAGUUCAUUCUUGUGCAGGCGGAUACUCCGUCCUCUCCUUCUAUUGACAGAGUGGAGCCAUACUCUAGUACUGCCCGGGUGGAGUUCGAUGAACCUGAAGCUACUGGUGGGGUGCCCAUCCUCAAGUACAAGGCAGAGUGGAGAGCGCUGGGCGAGGGAGAAUGGCAUUCGAGGCUGUAUGAUGCAAAAGAAGCAAAUAUGGAGGGCACGAUCACUAUCAGUGGCCUGAAGCCUGAGACAACCUACUCUGUGAGACUGUCUGCAGUGAAUGGCAAGGGUGUGGGUGAGAUCAGCCUGCCAUCCGACUUCAAGACGCAGCCAGUUCGGGAACCCAGUGCACCCAAACUGGAAGGUCAGAUGGGAGAAGAUGGAAACUCCAUUAAAGUGAAUGUUAUCAAGCAGGAUGAUGGUGGCUCUCCAAUUAGACAUUACCUGAUCAAAUACAAAGCCAAGCACUCCUCAGAAUGGAAACCAGAGAUCAGACUUCCUUCUGGCAGCGACCACGUCAUGCUCAAGUCUCUGGACUGGAAUGCAGAGUACGAGGUUUAUGUGAUAGCUGAAAACCAGCAAGGGAAGUCCAAACCAGCUCACUACGCUUUCCGAACGUCUGCUCAGCCCACUGUCAUCCCAGCCAGCACUAGCCCUACAUCAGGCCUUGGGACUGCUGCCAUUGUAGGCAUUCUCAUUGUUAUCUUUGUGCUGCUCCUGGUGGCUGUGGAUGUCACCUGCUACUUCCUGAACAAAUGUGGCCUGCUGAUGUGCAUUGCUGUCAACUUAUGUGGCAAGUCUGGACCAGGAGCCAAGGGCAAAGACAUGGAGGAGGGCAAAGCCGCCUUUUCGAAAGAUGAGUCCAAGGAGCCUAUCGUGGAAGUGCGGACUGAAGAGGAGCGGACCCCCAACCAUGAUGGGGGAAAACACACAGAGCCCAAUGAGACCACCCCACUGACAGAGCCAGAGCACACCGCCGAUACCGCAGCUACCGUUGAGGACAUGCUGCCUUCUGUAACUACGGGCACCACAAACUCUGACACUAUCACUGAAACUUUUGCCACUGCUCAGAACAGCCCCACCAGCGAGACCACCACACUGACCUCCAGUAUUGCCAUGCCAGCCGCGGCCAUUCCCGACUCCAACUCCAUGUCGCCUGGCCAGGCUACUCCAGCCAAAGGGGGAGCCGCCUCAGUCUCUUCACCACCGCCCUCCUCUACCCCCAAAGUGGCCCCCCUUGUCGAUCUCAGCGACACCCCGAGCUCUACUCCAGCUGCUAAUAAUUUGUCUUCAAGUGUCCUGUCCAACCAAGGCGCAGUGCUCAGCCCCAGCACUGUUGCUAAUGUGGCCGAGACCUCCAAAGCGGCAGCUGGUAACAAGUCGGCUGCCCCGACCCCUGCAAACCUCACUAGCCCUUCAGCUCCGUCAGAGCCCAAGCAGGAGGUCUCGAGCACCAAGAGCCCCGAGAAGGAAACUGUGCAGCCCAGCACAGUGAAGAGCCCAACAGAGACAACCAAGAACCCAAGCAAUGCGAAGAGCGAGGCUGCUUCAGGCAGCACCACAAACCCUUCCCAGAAUGAGGACUUUAAAAUGGACGAAGGGACCUUCAAGACACCAGACAUUGAUCUUGCAAAGGAUGUUUUUGCAGCUCUUGGCACUACUACUCCUGCCAGUGUGACUAGCGGGCAAGCUCGCGAGCUUGCUUCUUCCACUGCAGACAGCUCUGUACCUGCUGCACCUGCAAAGACCGAGAAAACCCCAGUAGAAGACAAAUCUGAAGUGCAAGCAACGGAACUAAGACACCUCCAGCAGAAGUCAAGACGGUCCCAAACGAAGCCACACAAACAAAUGAAAAUGAGAGCAAAGCAUGAUCAGCGACAGAUGAAAAAAAUGACAGAACAACUUCACCCAAGCAUUUAAAACACGAAACACAACACACAUCUCAUUCCUCUAGUGUCUGUUGCCUUUUUUUAAAAAAAACAAAACAAAACAGAAAAUGCAUAAACGGGGGGGGGGUUCUCUCUUUUUCUUUUUUUUUUCUUUUUUUCUUUUUUUUAAAAAGAUUUUUAGAAAGGUUCUAUUUGUUGUGCACUUGCUUUUAAAAAGUAAUACAUUUUAAAAACAGGGUUAAACCCACAACCAAACCGGGGCUUAGCUGACCCUGUAUAUUCAAAUAGGCAAAAUUGCAAAUACCAGUUACAACAUCGUUGAGGAGCUCAAAAUCAACUAGUCUUAGGCAAAGAAAAAAAAAGAAAGAAAGAAAAAAAGACCCUGUUCUUUCCUUGGUUAGUAUACUAGAUAUAACCACUGUACUGCUUGACUACUUGGUACAGAUGGUCCUUAAUGAACAAAGUCCACAAUUUAUUUUUAUACUUUUCAGUCGAGUUUGAAAUAUGUAAAGCCUCAUAAAUAAGUUAUAAUUUCUGUUCACCUUGUAUUUGUUCAGUAUGCAAAGUGUCUUGAGCUCUUUGUGGCUGAAUUCUGUUCUCCACAUUAGACAUUUAUUUGGGGGGUUAUUAUUUUUUUUUUAGGAAGAAUGCCAAAAUUGCAGCUUCGGGGGAUAUAUUUCAAUUUGCAGUAUUCAGACUCUACAUUUCUUUAAAUUUUAUGUUAAUUUUUGCCAACUUUUGUUCUUUCCAGUGUUUACAAUUGACAAAUAUUUUUUUUAACUUUUGUUGUGUUUAAAUGUAUGUGUAAAAUAGCUGCCUUUUUUUUUUUUUUUUUAAGUGAAUCCAGUCUAUAGAUGCUAGGUUAGCAGCAUGCUUGCUUUGCAAAGGGAGACAUUUUUAAAUAUCGAUGUUUACAGUAGUUUCCCCUUUAUCUUUUUUAAUUAUUAUAAUAAUUAUAAUUAUUAUUAUUAUUUCUUACUGGAGUAAGAAAAAGAGUAAUGCUGGUCUUUGGUUUGUUUUUUUGGGGGGUGGGGGGGUGGGGAUAUUCCAACCACUUGUCACCAAUCGAGGUCUGUACCCAGCAGUCCACAUAAACACACGCUUAGCUUGGAAUGAGAGAGUUGCUGGCGAGAGUCCUUAUAUGCUUAAAUUUAUGAAGAGUGUAAGUCCCUUGCUGGACCUGGGCCUGACUGCAUAAGAAAAAUAUCAUCUCUGCUUUUUUAGGACAUUCUCCCUUUUCCUUCAUGGAACCCUCCCAGAGCUUUGAGAGGCAGAAGAGAGAUUGUACAGUUAGGGCUGGGCUGGUCUUAUCUCAGAUGUUCGAGGACAUGAGUUUCUCCUUAAUACGUCAGUAAACGCCAUUUCCUUUGACCCCAGAAAGCUGAUUUAAAAGCAGUGACUUUCUGCACUUAGAGAAAAAUGAAGUUAGCUUUUGAGGAGUGGUAACACCAAAAAAAAAAGGAACGUCCUUCUCUCAUGUGGGUGAAGUUCCUGAGCACAAGGAUGCUUGGCAGCGUGAGCCCCCUCCCGCAAAGGCAGCCCCAGCAGGGCACGUCUGUCCGUGGGUCCUCUGCAGAAUCAAAACCAUGCAAUCAGUGCUUGGAAAGCGGUGCCAAGGCUCCCCUUGAUUCCCUGGUCUUUGGAUCAUGUCUUUAAGAGUCAGAAAAGGGGCUGAUGCGGCAUCAUUGUGCAGGGGGGAGCUUAGCAGUGGGAGUUAUCACUGGGAGUCACGGAGUAAUACCGAGAUUUAGGGGUGAGAAGACGCUUGAGCAGAAGGAAGGCAGAGGUGUACAGGGGUAGACCAGCGCGUUGUAUAGAGCUGUUCCUUCUCUGGGGGGGGUUGUUUUUUCUUUUUUUUUUUCUUUUUUCUUUUUUCUUUUUUUUCUUUUUUUUUUUUUUAAUUCUACUUUAGAUCUGCAAGCUUGUGCACUGUGGGUGCGUGACUAUUUUAGUGUGAAACGUGUUUUUUGUCAUAGUAUUGAAAUAAUUAAAAAAAAAAAAGCUUCAACAUAGUUUGAAUGUGGAAGGUGUAGCGGAUAGUUCAGAUUUGAAGAAUUUAUUCAGGAAAAAAAAGAGAACAACUCUUACGAG